UAAAUAAAAAAUCCGUACAAUAAUAUUUGCAGUGGAUAUUAACUGAUUGAAAACAUGAUUGAAAACAUAAAAGUAAUUACCAAGUAUUCAAUUGCCAUCUAAUAAUUAGUAAAGAUUAAUAUUCAAUUUCCAUAAAUAAAUCUUUAAACUGAUCUCAAAGAGGAGCUGUAUAAAACCGAGUUCCAGAAUUUCUUGUAUAAUACAAGUCAACAUAUUGAAUGUAGUAAUUGUAUUUAAUCAACAUUUUCAUAUAUUUGACCAUACACCAUCAAAACAAAUUCGACAUUUGGAAAAUAAAUUUUUAUAACAACCCGAUUUUCAAGAAAACUUCUGUGUCUGCCAUUCCUUCCUGCAGAACACAUUGGUCCUGUGUUCGAGUCUAUGGCAGACUUAGCUCCAGACCGUUUUGAUGGACUGCUAACUUACAUUAGACGGACCUGGAUCGACAAUGAUAUGUGGCCAGUCCAUUCUUGGUCGGUGUUUGGAUUGAGCAUCCGCACAAACAACGAUGUUGAAGGAUGGCAUAGAAGAUUGAAUGGGAGGGCUGGGGGAACGCCUCCAUUCUACCUUUUGAUAAAACUGCUGUACGAUGAGGCCCAGGUAGCGGUGAGGAACUCUGAAUUGAUAAGUGAAGGAAGACUACGCCGCUACCAGCGGAAAAAGUACACCUUUCUCCAGGGACAGACGCACCAGCUGUGGGAUAAGUACAGGAAUGGGGAGUUGUCAUCAACGGGACUUUUAAGAGAAUUCGGCAACUUAUACAAGCCCCAAGAGUAGAGUCGUAAUUAAGAUGUCUAAAAAAAAGACAAUGAAAUAUGUGCAUGAAAAAAACAAUGAAAGUGUGAAAGUGAAAGUGAAUAUAUACAUGUAUGACAUAAUAUUGACAAAAAAGACAUACUAUAUGAUAUUUUAUCUUUGCAUAUAAAACAUGUUUUUAUACAUUAAAUGUUAUUGCUAUUGAUCGUCUUCGUGUUGUUUUUUUCUGUAUGUAAUUUAAUCAGAAUUAUGCAUAUAUAUCCUUAUUAUAAGAUGAAACUCCAAAUAUUCGCAUACAAAAAGCGUCAAAAUAUGUCCAAUUCAGUAAUUUUAUAAUAUAUUAU